UGCAUCACCAGCGAGCUGCUGAAGGACAUCCCCCUGCCCGGGGUGCUGGGGGGCAGCCUCAGCGCUGAGGCCGAGCUGCUGAAGGGAGGCCCCCUCCCUUCCCCCAAGGAGCUCAUCAAUGGAAACAUCAAAACCAUCACGGAAUACCGCGAGGAGGAGGACGGGCGCAAGGUGAAGAUCAUCCGCACCUUCCGCAUCGAAACCAGGAAGGCCUCCAAGGCGGUGGCCCGCCGGAAGAACUGGAAGAAAUUUGGCAACUCUGAGUUCGACGCCCCCGGACCCAACGUGGCCACCACCACCGUGAGCGACGACGUCUUCAUGACCUUCAUCACCAGCAAGGAGGACCUGAACUGCCAGGAGGAGGAGGAUCCCAUGAACAAGCUGAAGGGGCAGAAGAUCGUCUCGUGCCGGAUCUGCAAGGGCGACCACUGGACCACCCGCUGUCCCUACAAGGACACGCUGGGGCCGAUGCAGAAGGAGUUGGCCGAGCAGCUGGGGCUGUCCACAGGCGAGAAGGAGAAGCUGCCCGGAG